AUGUCGCUAGAAAAUGGUUACAACCACCCGACAGGCAUUUUCUCCGAUGAUUUAUUUUCAGCCGAGAAUGCGGACGUGCGAGGGAGACGGGCCACGGUUGUCGGCUCCCGCGGCGUGACGUCAGAGCUGCUGCGCCGCGCCGUGGUCAGCCUUGACCUUGCAGGCUCUCGAGUAAUUCGCAAUGUUUAUGCUGAACGCGAGCGUGCCACGCUAAUUGGUAAUCAUGGACGCAGAACAACGGGCUCUUCUGAGCAAGCGCACGCGAACAGAAGAGCUGUUCGCUUAUAUAGAUACGAUCCGACA